AUGCCUGUUCCACGUACGAGACAGCGUAUCAACAACGAGAACGAUGAGAAUGUGGUCGCAGCGAACACCCGUUUAACGCGUGCCAAAGCCGCUCAAGGUCCCUCGGAUGAUGCAUCCAAUCUGCCUGUCAAGAAGGCACUACAGACCAAGAAAUCAACAACAGGUACACUGAAUGGUACACGAGGUCGAAGAGCGUUGGGUGAUGUCACAAAUGCUACCAAAGGUGUUGAAGCUGCGCAAGAAGGCAAGAAGGCUGCUGGUCAGAAAUCAGUCGCUGCAUCCAAACCUUCCACCACAGGGGGCGUUGCUAAACUCACUCGCACCAACUCAUCCCGCUCCGCUCUGGGCGUCAAGGACAACAAUGCAAAACCAAAACCAGUCAUUGACUCAAAGAAGCCUGCCAGUGGUUCAGGCGUACAGAAGAAACGACCUCAGCCAUCGAUACCUGCUGCCACCACAUCCAUUGACGAACCUGUCGAAGAGAUCGAGGAGCCAGUACGGAAGAAGUCUGUCACACAAGCUAUGGUUGAUGAGGCUCAACAGGAAACGGAAGAUGCUUUUGAUAUCAUGGCCAGCCUGGAUGCUGAAGACCUAGACGACCCCUCAAUGUGUGCCGAAUAUGUUCGAGAAAUCUUCGAGUAUUACCAAGAGCUUGAGAAGAACACCAUGCCAAAUCCUCAGUACAUGGACCAUCAAGACGACCUAGAAUGGAAAAUGCGAGGCAUACUCGUCGACUGGCUCAUCGAGGUUCACAUGAGAUUCCGCCUACUGCCUGAGACACUGUUUCUGGCCGUCAACAUCAUCGACCGAUUCCUGUCUCAAAAGGUGGUACCUCUGGACAAGUUGCAACUUGUGGGCAUCACUGCCAUGUUCAUUGCCUCCAAAUACGAAGAAGUCCUCUCGCCACAUGUCGGCAACUUCACUCACGUUGCUGACGAUGGCUUCUCAGUCGACGAAGUCUUGGCUGCUGAGCGAUACACGCUGUCGACCCUCAAGUAUGACCUGAGCUAUCCUAACCCAAUGAACUUCCUUCGUCGUAUAUCCAAGGCCGACAACUACGACAUUCAGACAAGGACGCUCGGAAAAUACUUAACCGAGUUGAGCUUAGUAGACCAUCGCUUCCUCGAGUACAGACAGAGUCACAUCGCCGCCGCAGCAAUGUACCUAGCCCGCAUGAUCCUGGAGCGUGGUCCGUGGGAUGUGACCCUGACCCAGUUCGCUGGUUACACUGAGGACGAUAUCAUCCCUGUCUUCGACAUCAUGGUCGACUUUUUGCAAGGACCUGUUGCUCACGAAGCGUUGUUUAAGAAGUACGCUAGCAAGAAAUUUCUCAAAGCAUCUAUCAUGGCUCGAAAAUGGGCCAAGGAGUACGCCAACACAGCGCGAAACGGUGGUGGCAUCACUGUUGGCGACAUCAAAUCUAGCUAG